AUGACUCAGAAACAGGCUGCUAAACAAGCUUCCAGACAAGCUGCGAAACUCGCUUCUAAGCAAAAUGCUGUUGCUAAAGAAAACUCGAAGCAUUUGCAGAUCAAAUCGCGUUCCAAGACGCUAAAGGACGUUACCAUUGACCUCCCAGCUGAUAAUACUCUGACAUAUGACAGUAUUUUGACCAAGGUUUCUGCAGAGAACGGGAACAUUAGUGUUAAGAGGUUGAGAUUGACGUAUUUGAAGGAAGGGAAGCACAUCGUUAUAUCCAAUGCUGAAAUCAAGGAAAAAGAUAAGAAGCGUGUGUUUGAUACCACUACUGAAUGGUAUGUGAAGGAUUUAGGUCCUCAAAUUUCGUGGAGAUUGGUGUUUGUUAUUGAAUACUUGGGUCCAAUUUUGAUCCACUCAUUGAUGUUCUAUUUGUCGUCUAAACCUGAGUUCAGAAACAAUUAUCACUCCACUAAGGUUCCAUACAAUGAGUUUUUCAACUCUUUUGUGUACCGUCUGAUCAUGCUUCAUUACUUGAAGAGAGAAUUCGAGACAAUAUUCAUCCAUACUUUCUCGAACGACACUAUGCCUUUGUUCAACUUGUUCAAGAACUCUUUCCACUACUGGGUUUUGAACGGGCUAAUCUCGUUGGGAUACUUCGGUUAUGGGUUCCCUCUCGAUAACCAGACAUUGUUCAAGAUAUAUGAUACUGUUCACCUUUCUGAUUUCAGGGUGCUAGCUGGAUUGUUUGCAAUUUCUGAGGCUCUAAACUUCUACGUUCAUUUGAGAUUGCGCAGAUGGGGUGACGAGAUGAAGAAGAAUGGUGUUACAAAGAGAAUUCCAUUGGAAACUGGCCUCUUCAAGAUCUUCGUGGCUCCAAACUAUACUUUCGAGUCUUACGCUUGGAUUUGGUUCACUUUACUAUUCAAGUUGAAUUUGUUCUCAGUUUUGUUCUUGUUAGUUUCCGUGGUUCAAAUGUACUUGUGGGCUCAAAAGAAAAACGCCAAGUACGGAACCAAGAGAGCGUUCUUGAUCCCAUACGUCUUUUAA